AUGGCAGCGUCUGAUCUCCUGGUCGGCAUCACCGAUCCGUUUCUGCGUAGAACUAUUCAAUUUCACUUCCCAUAUUCGUUGUUGAACAUUACUCCCGUGUGCGCGGCGACCGAAGUCCUGGUCUUUGCAACCACCGCGGUCUCUGUCUGGCUGACGGUGGCCUUCACCUUCGAUCGGUUUGUGGCUAUUUGUUGUGAGAAGCUGAAAACAAGAUAUUGCACUGAGAGAACGGCGGCUGUGAUUAUCGGGGCAGUGAGUGUGCUGGGCUGUUUGGAGAACGUCCCCCUGUGGUUUAAGUACGAUUCAGCGAACGAAUUUGAUAAUCUUCCCUGGGAUUGCUCCGUUAAAUCCACCUACUAUACGUCGUCUGCAUGGGUCGCAUAUAAUGUUACGCACCGCGUUCUAACCCCUUGUAUCCCGUUCUUCCUGAUUCUUCUGCUCAAUGUGCUGACGGCCAGGCGGAUUGUAGCGGCCAGCAGAGUCCGCAGGGGUCUCCGGGGCCGCAGCAACGGAGAGAAUGACAAGGACCCAGAGAUGGAGAACCGCAGGAAAUCCAUUGUUUUACUCUUCAGUAUUACCGCCAGUUUCAUGUUACUGUGGGGACCACAGGCCAUAUUUUUCAUCUUUACCGGUAUUGCGAAGGUGGGAGUUGACUACACCCCCACCGGUUAUUACUAUAUCACAGAGGUCACGUCGGUGUUCCUGCAGCUGCUCAGUACCUGCACCAACACGUGUAUUUACGUGGUGACCCAGAGUAAAUUCAGGGCUGAGCUGAUGAACGCGGUUAAAUUCCCAGUGGGUGUAAUUCGUGCACUUGGCAACAACCUGAAGCUCAGGAACGAAUCAAAGUAUAUAGCCGUGUGCGCCGUCAUUUGA